ACCUGUAAUCUUAAGUUUCAUCUGAGAUACAGAGUUACGUUUUCUUUUGAGUUACAUUGUUGCAAAUUUAUCUUAACUCUGUGACAAACUGUGAUUGCAGACACUGUUGGAUAUAAGUUGAUAACAACAGCCACUUCUAUGUUUUUGUUGUGAAUGUGCUGAGCUGGUAUUGUAUUUGUACAGGUGAACUGAGCUGAUACCAAGAUGGGUUUUUGUGGAGGCUGUUUCAAGGCUCUGUUGAUAUUCUUUAACAUCAUUUUCUGGCUGUCAGGUGCGGCCAUCCUCGGUGUUGGGGUAUGGAUGAUCGUGGACAAGAACAUCAACAGCUACUUCGACGUUCUCAAUGUGGACACACACGACCAGUACUUUAAAUAUGCUGCGUACAUGCUGAUUGCGUUUGGUGUGUUUGUUUUCCUCGUUGGUUUCUUCGGAUGCUGUGGGGCCAUCAGGGGAAGCAAAUGCUUGCUGGGACUGUACAUCUUCUGUCUGGUGCUGGUGUUUGCGGGCGAGAUCGCUGCAGGAGUCAUUUCUAUUAUCUACAAGUCAGAGGUGGAAAAAAAAGUUGAUGACACCCUAAAAAAUUCCAUCAAGGAGAAGUAUAGCGUCUCGACGACCAUCACUGAAGCCUGGGAUGUGGUCCAGAUACAGCUUGACUGCUGUGGAGGUUUGAGCCCAGAGGAUUAUACGGGCAGCAAGUUUGCAGAGAGAAACACGACCCAGUUGAUUCCGCCAUCCUGUUGCGUCCUGACCAACAAAAACGAGGCCGAAGAAAAACCGAGGUCUGCCAUAGCAAAGAAUGCCACAGCUUGUAUGGAAAAGGAGGCUGAUUACUAUCAUGAAAAGGGCUGUAAGGAAGGAUUGAUUGACUGGGCCAAGAUGCACACGGCCAUUCUCAUUGGGGUAGCCAUGGGUAUAGGCGCCAUUCAGAUAUUUGGGCUAGUCAUAGCCAUCUGCCUCUGCCGACAAGUGGACAGAGAGGAAAAAUACUAGGGACACCAAAACACCCUAAAUGGCUCAACUUACUGAAUGGCAAUAAAUGUGUACAACAAAAUUGAUUAUUAUACAAUAACCCCACUCAAUAUGCUGAAGGCAAUAUCCACAUAAUAAAACAUAAUAUUCUUGAGUCAUUAUAGUCAUCAAAUCAAUUUUAAGUCUUUGAUAAGGCAGGCUUGUUUAGGCAUUUACAAAUGUGUCAACUUUGAAUUUUAUCCUCGACCAUAUUGCAGGAGUGAUGAUUUGGAAAAGUUCCUGAAAACUUACAGAAGUGCAAAAAUUGAUAUUUUUUGAAAUUGUCAGUAAUAGAUCUUCAUGUAUGUAUUGUGUUUCUUGGAUUUGAAAUCAUUUUUUAUCAGCUAAUAUAACCCUUUGACACGUUGUUUUUAUAUAUUUUUCAAUAUUAUCAUAACAUAAAUAGUUAAUAAGAAAAAAAAUCCUGAACUAUUUAAAGGUUUCCUUAAGGUUUUUCUCGGGUUCUGCCUGAUUUAUAUUACUUUCUUUAUUUUAACAGCUGAACAAAAGAAUCUCUCUUUAUGGCCAAAUUAUUAACUGUUAAAACAAAUUAUUGAAGAGAACAAUGUGUCAUUUCUACAGAAAAUUAACCUUAUGUAAUCGUUGUUUGUGUCUUGUAAUCAGAAAUAUAUUGCAGUGAAUAUUCUGCCGCAAUUUAAUAGGAUAAUUUUAUAUCCAUGAUUUUAUAGUUAGUCUGAAAGAGGUAUACAUGACCACUAUAGUUUGUUUUCUAUACAUUUUCUUUUCAAAUGAUGUGUUCUUUUUUCAUUCAGUGUUCUGUGAACUCAAGUAUCAUUUUCUCAUAAAUCACAAUAGUUAACAAUGUAAAUUAUUGCUUAAUUCCAAUUUAUGGAUUAAUGGCUUAACUUACAUGAUCGAUAGGAAAGGUAAAUAUGUAAAGUUUAUGACAUCUACAGAAGGUUACAUUGAAACUUGAAAACGUUCUUAUCAGCUUGAAUAAAGCCAAUUUAAGGCAUGUUUACAAUUUGAUUGGUUUACAUUUUUCUGCUCAAGAGUAGGCAACUGUUAAGGCUGUUAUGCAUGUACAUGUUUCAGUCAGUGUUCAGAAUAAUGUAGAGUUAUAUCCAGGGUUUCUGAAAACUGACAAUUUGCCGAUCUGGACUGAUUUUGACCACACCAGACCGAUUUCAGGAACAAAAAAUGGUUAGAAAAUCGGUCUGAAAUUUGUUUCUUAUUUUUUGGUCCAAAACAGCUAAGUCAGUAGAAAAUGUAAUACACAAACCAGUUUUGUCAUUGAAAAAAACACCUGACACCCCAAUUAAAUAGAAUAAAAUUGCUAUCACUUAUAUUCAAUCCUUCUCUGUUCAUAGCAAUCCCAUGACUCGGUCAAUUUCAGUAUUAUUGUCUAGUCAUUGUUUUGUCUCCUUGUGCUGAAGUAGGGUUUGAUAAAUCUUAGAUUGAAUGGAUUAAUACUGUAAUAAAACUUACAAUUGCUUUUUAAGAGGCAGUUUCAUUUUGGUAUAAGAAUUUUUUUUAUGACUGUGCCAAGCUUAGUUUGGUCAUGUAGAUCUAAUGAUUAUCAAAUAUCAAAUAAAUAUGUUUGGGGUUUAUUAAGCAAAAAAGAAAUGUAAAUUGCCACAAAAGUAGCCAUGGAAUUAUGUCAUAAUUUCAUCGCAUUGUUUGCUUUUAUCAUAUUUAUUUUGAGACCCAUUUAUGUUUGUGGCUGUUCAAGUUUAUCAUUGUUAAGUAAUAGUUAUGGUAAGGUAGUUCAUUCUUUUUCAACCCUAAAUAUACUUGUAAAGGUCUUGGUUGAAACAUAAAUGUGCUUAUAAAAACGAAAUGUAAAAUUCAAUUGUAUAUAUAUAUAUAUCAUAGUUUAUGUUAUGUUUCUAUAUUACAAAGCCAUUAUUACAUGCGAUACUUUGUACAUAAUCUUAUUCUGUUUUCAUUUGCAGCUAUAUGUUAAAGUUUUUCAAUUUGUUGUGUAUAUCAUAUGAUAUGUAAUGAAAAUUAGACAUAAUGUCAUGAAAAUCUAACAGAUAAUGCAAUGAAAAUAAUACAGAAUAUCAUGAACAUCAAAGUUUACUUAAAAAUAUUUAAAAAAUCAGACGUUUUGUUCUGAAAAUCAGACGGAUUGUAAUGAAAAUCAGACAGAUUGUAAUGAAAAUCAGACGAUUGUUCUGAAAAUCAGACGGAUUGUAAUGAAAAUCAGACAGAUUGAAAUGAAAAUCAGACGUUUUGUUCUGAAAAUCAGAUGGAUUGUAAUGAAAGUCAGACGUUUUCUUCUGAAAAUCAGAUGGAUUGUAAUGAAAAUCAGACGGUACGUUAUGAAAAUAAGACGGUAUGUUAUGAAAUUCAGACGGUAUAAUGUGAUGAAAAUCAGACAGUAUGUUAUGAAAAUCAGACGGUAUAAUGUAAUGAAAAUCAGACGGUACCAGUAUAAUGUAAUGAAAAUCAGUCUGUGUUAAAAAUGGAUGUCAGACAUAAUGUAAUGAAAAUGAGACAUUACUUUGAGGGAUUAAUUAAGAUUUUGCUAAACAAAAGGCACAUGAAUCUCAUUUUAGUGUUUAUUUUUUCAAUGAUAAACUAGGAAUGCAUUUUUUGCAGAACAUUAAGGUUACAAUCUAUGAUUGGAAAACAAAAUAAACUGCAAAAUAAGCCAAAGUCUUGAGUCAAAGUCUACUGGCCAGAAUUGUUCAAUCUAUGAUGGCUCAGGAAACCUAAUUGUGCCAUACAUCUUAUGCUUUUGAAAUUGUUUUAUUUGGUAAAAAAUGUUACUCCCACUAACCGUGUCAGGAGAUGACUUAAGAUAAAAGCAUCUAUUUUGUUCUCAAGAUAAAACCAUUUAUUUUGAUCUUGAGACAAAAGCAUCUAUUUUUUCUUGAGAUAAAAGUAUCUAUUUUGAUCUUGAGAUAAAAGUAUCUAUUUUGAUCUUAAGAUAAAAGCAUCUAUUUUGUUCUCGAAGCUAAAGCAUGUAGUUGGUUAACAUAACCAUAAAUUGAUUAUGGUUACGUAAUAGAUUGUUUUAAUAUGAGGCUGACUUAAGAAGAGUUAUCAUAGAUCCGUUGUAUUUUAAGUGCAAGCUUGAUGUUGAGUUAAGAGAUUUAUUCAAAGCCAGUUUCCGUGCAAUCUUUAAUCGUUAAGUGUACGAUAAUCAUAAGCUCCAUCAUAUAGAAAAUGCAAGCUUUAUAUUCAGAGUAACCUCUAUAGCCGGAGUGCAUUCUUAAGUUAAUAAUAAUCUCAUAGGCUUUUGUACAGGCUUGAUUUGUUUUCAAUUCAGGGCCCAAAGGGGCUGAAAUGAUGAAGUUUUUGCAACUUUUCUGAUCGCCCCAGUGGGCCCGUUGUUUUUAUUCAUUCCCUUUAUACCUUACCUCAUUAUUGUUUUAACGAUUUGAUUCAUUUUGUUAAAAUAUUAUAUAUGCUUUAAACGUUAACCAUUCAUAUUUACAUUUUAUGUUUAAUGUUAGAAAUAUAUUUAAGCUUUGGAUUUUUGUGUACGCUUUUUUGUUUGGGUCUGAAUUUAGCUAUAUAGUAUAGAUUAUAAACUGACAAAUACAUGUAGUUCAGUUCGCAUGUGAGUAAUCAGAAAGUUUGAACUUGGAAUAAGAAGACAAAAAGUAUAUUGGUACAAGUAUAUUUUAUUUAUUGGUAGUUAGAAAUAGCUAGGAUAUGCCAUUAAAGCUGCACUCUCACAGAGUGUCAGGUUUGACACUUUUUAGAAAAGUUGUCUCAGGAUCGAAUAAAUCUCAAAUGUUUGGUAAAGCUGCAGAAAAGUUCAUUUAAGGCAUACCGCAUUAGUUUUCAAACAUAAAUAUGAACAACUGAUCUUUUGUCAGCAGUCUUAUAUCACUGGUUUCCAGACAUUGACUUAAAACUUGGAUCUUCAAAGACAAAAAAUAAAAACAAAUGUCAAAACUAUCAGUCUGUGAGAGUGCAGCUUUAAAGCAUACAUCUUGUAGUGAGUUGGUGUCAGAAUUCUGUCCUCAUAAAACCAUGUGCAUUCUCUGGUAGUGCAUUGUUUAAAGUCUUCAUUACUCAAGAAUCUGAUGUACAUUAUAAAGGUAAUUUAAUGGUAGAUACUGGUUUCACAGCCUGGUGUUGAAAUUCUUAUACUUUACUACCCCCUAUAUACUUGAUGUUGUUCAUAAAAAUGUUCAUAAAAAAACUUGGUGGUAAAUUUUACAGAUUUAUUUUUAUUUCGAGCGAGGGAAUUUCGAAAGAAAUUUUAUUGAAUUAUACAAUAUAUGAUAAGAUGAUGUUUAAACCAUAAUUUGACAAUUUAUCUUUGUGUUAAAGGAAUAAUGAAGCCAAUGUAACUGGUACUACCAACAAGUGCAUAUUGUUGAAAUGUGUUUCUGUGGGGUUUCUUUGUAUUGUAGUGAAAAUGUGCCUUGUAAAAAUGAAGGUGUUGUUGUUUUACAGACAUUUUACCUCUUUUACUGUCUUUUAAAUAUCUUGCCACCGAAAAACGAUAUUGUUGAUAUAUUUUGUUCUAUUUUUAAACUUCCAAAGAGUUGAAAAGCAUUUUUGUAAAGAAUUAAUUACUUAAUUAUUGCACAGUUAUCAAUAUUGAAUAACACUAUUUGACUUCUUCAUUGAAAGUGAUUUGCUCAAUAUUUGAAAAAGCUGAGCAAAAAAGUUGUUAAUAUUGUGAAGAAAAAUAGUUCCUUCAUGUUAAAUGUUGACCUCCGGCCUAUUUACUGGUUCAUGUUUCAAAAUUGUUUCUUGCUAUAUAGUUUAUAGAAUGUAUGGUAUUGUAUAUUUUCUAAUAUUUUAGAAUAAACUACUAAUUGUUCAAAGCUUU